GAAGAGGAGGAGGAAGAGGAGGAGGAAGAGGAGGAGGAGGAGGAGGAUGUAGAGAAGGAAGAGGAGGAAGAGGAGGAGGAGGAGGAUGUAGAGGAGGAAGAGGAGGAGGAGGAAGAGGAAGAGGAGGAUCAGGAGGAUGUAGAGAAGAAAGAUGAGGAGGAAGAGGAGGAGGAGGAAGAGGAGGAGGAUGAGGAGGAGGAGGAGGAGGAGGAGGAUGUAGAGAAGGAAGAGGAGGAGGCGGAGGAGGAGGAGGAGGAGGAGGUGGAGGAGGAGGAUCAGGAGGAUGUAGAGAAGGAAGAUGAGGAGGAGGAGGAGGAAGAUGAGGAGGAGGAGGAGGAGGAGGAUGUGGAGGAGGAAGAGGAGGAGGAGGAGGAGGAUGUAGAGGAGGAAGAGGAGGAGGAGGAAGAUGAUGAUGAGGAGGAGGAGGAUGAGGAAGAGGAGGAGGAGGAGGAUGUAGAGGAGGAAGAGGAGGAGGAGGAGGAUAUAGAGGAGGAAGAGGGGGAGGAUCAGGAGGAUGUAGAGAAGGAAGAUGAGGAGGAGGAAGAGGAGGAGGAGGAGGAGAAAGAAGAGGAGUUGGAGGAGGAGGAGCAGGAUGAUGAGGAGGAGGAAGAGGGGAAGGAAGGGAGAGGGAUGAAUCUAGGGGACAAUGAAAGACAGAAUGAUGGGGGUGGGGUUAUCCUUACUGGAAGUAUUGAGAUUUUUUUAUAG